AUGUCAGAAGGUAAGUUAGACCACCCACAAAGAAAAUGUGGUAAUUCGUUUUUGUUUGUAGGAGGUGAAUCAAAGUCAUCAAAAAAAGAAAAAGCACCAAAAGGAUUUGACACUCGCAAAUUCCUGAUUGAUUUGGUUUCGGGAGGAACUGCUGCUGCCGUCUCAAAAACCGCUGUUGCUCCAAUUGAACGUGUCAAGCUUUUGCUCCAAGUUCAAGAUGCGUCAACAACAAUCGCUGUAGAUAAACGCUACAAAGGAAUUAUGGAUGUUUUGGUUCGUGUUCCAAAAGAGCAAGGAUAUGCCGCGUUGUGGAGAGGAAACUUGGCAAAUGUCAUCAGAUAUUUCCCAACUCAAGCAUUGAACUUCGCAUUCAAAGAUACAUACAAGAACAUGUUCCAAAAGGGAGUCGAUAAAAAGAAGGAUUUCUGGAAAUUCUUUGCUGGAAAUUUGGCAUCUGGUGGAGCUGCUGGUGCAACAUCCCUUUGCUUUGUCUAUCCAUUGGAUUUUGCUCGUACUCGUUUGGCUGCUGAUGUUGGAAAAGCGAAUGAUCGUGAAUUCAAAGGAUUGGCUGAUUGUCUCGUGAAAAUCGCCAAAUCUGAUGGAAUUGUUGGAUUGUACAGGUAAAAUUUGAAACUUUCCAUUCAGAAAGAAAAAUAUGUAAUAAUGAAUACUCAUCGAGAAACCAUAAAAAUAUUUUUUUUUCAGAGGAUUCUUCGUAUCUGUCCAAGGUAUCAUCAUCUACCGUGCUGCAUACUUCGGAAUGUUCGACACAGCCAAGAUGAUCUUCACAGCUGAUGGAAAGAAAUUGAAUUUCUUCGCCGCUUGGGGAAUUGCUCAAGUUGUCACUGUUGGUUCUGGAGUUCUUUCAUAUCCGUGGGACACUGUCAGAAGACGUAUGAUGAUGCAAUCCGGCCGCAAAGACAUUCUCUACAAAAACACAUGGGAUUGCGCUGUCAAAAUCAUCAAAAACGAAGGAAUGUCGGCAAUGUUCAAAGGAGCUCUUUCGAACGUUUUCCGUGGAACUGGUGGUGCUCUCGUUUUGGCUAUUUAUGAUGAAAUCCAAAAAUUCUUGUAG